AUGAGCGAUUCUACUCGGGAGAAAUCUGGGGGCAUCUCCGAGCCCAUUCCUAUCCUUCAAGAUAAUUUUCGCUUAGGGCUUGGCUACAACCUUACAGAGGCAGAAACAAGAGGUUGCAGAUCUAGCUCAAUCCACCAUCAUUGUGGAGCCCAUCCUCAAGCUUUUGAAAAGGAUGCUCUUACAAAAUGGAUAGCAGAAUGCCAAGAGGCAUUCGACACUAUCAAGAGAUACUUGUCCAACCCACUAGUUCUGGUACCACCAAGGCCUGGGAGUCCUUUGCUGCUAUACUUGUCAGUUGCUAAAACAGCUUUUGAGUGUGUGUUAGGACAACACGAUGAAGAAGGGAAAAAAGAGCAUGUCAUUUAUUAUCUGAUAAAAAAAUUCACAACCUGUGAGGCAAGAUAUACACUAGUGGAAAAGAACUUUUUAUGCUCUAACUUGGGUAGCUCAAAAAUUAAAGCAUUAUUUGUCUUCGUACACCACUCACCUCAUAUCCAAGAUGGAUCAGUUGAGGUACAUAUUCUGUCAGCCCAUGCCAUCGGGAAGUUGGCCAAAUGGCAAAUGCUGUUAAGUGAAUUCCACAUUGUGUACAUAACUCAAAAAGCUGUCAAAGGGCAGGCCAUUUCUGACUUAUUAGCCGUUAGCCCGGUAGAUGAAGAGCUUGAACCACUUCACACCCAUUUUCCAGACGAAAGGGUGUUGGCCAUAGAAGAAGAAGCAAUAGAGUCUUAUAUUGGCUGGAAGCUAUUCUUUGAUGGAGCAGUGAAUUACCAAGGUUCCAGAAUUGGAGCGGUCUUGAUAUCAGAGAGUGGGAAACACUACCUCAUGGCCGCCAAACUCAAAUUCCGCUGUGCCAACAACAUGACUAAAUAUGAGGCCUGUAUCCUAGGUCUCAGAAUGGCACUAGACACUAACGUCAAAGAAUUAUUGGUCAUCGGAGAUUCCAUCCUGCUGAUUCAUCAAGUGCAAGGCGAAUGGGCCACGAAGAAUGAAAAGAGCUUACCAUAUGUGAACCUGGCAUAA